UCCACUUUACUUCUGCCACUUCAGCUCGAACCAUUUCUAUGUCCCGCAGCAGUUUUAGUUUUUAGCUCCAUUCUCGCAGACAUGUCUCCACUAAAUUGGUUACAUGUCUGUCUUUUAUUCAUCGUGGCUGCGACCUUCGCCUCUGCUGACAAGCUGACAGCAGCCACCGUGUACUGGGACCCCGAUCACAAGCUUGUCAAGUUAAAGGAAGGGGUGAUGGAGGUCAACGGGGAUGCUUAUGGGUUCCUGAAUGACACCCUAUCCAGUACAGGCUGGAGUGUCCUUGAGAUCCGAGCAGGGUAUGGAGAGACUCCUGAAACAGAUGAGAUCACUUUCUUCCUGGCUGGCUACCUCGAAGGCUUCCUGACCGCCCAGCAGAUGAUGGACCACUACACCAACAUGUACCCGCAGCUAAUCACCGACCCAAAGAUGCUCGACCCAGUUCAGAAAUUUAUGGAGGAGCAGGACUCAUGGGUCAGACAGCAGGUGAACAAGAGCGCCGAUCCUCUGUGGAAACACGCCGGCUUCAUCAUAGCUCAGCUGGACGGAUUGCAUGCAGGAGUAGCAGCGUGGGCCGAGAAGCAAGGGAAGAAGCCGCUGACGCUGUUUGACGUCCAGUUCCUGAACGCGGUGGGAGACCUGCUGGAUCUGAUCCCAGCCCUGGUCCCCAGCUCCUACCAUUCACUCAGAGACUUCAAACUUCCAGGGAUGGGCCACUGCUCUGCACUCAUCAAGAUGCUGCCGGGGUACGAGAACCUCCUGUUCGCUCAUUCCAGCUGGUACACGUACGCUGCUUCGAUGCGGAUUUACAAACACUGGGACUUUCACAUCACAGAGCCCCAUACAGCCACUGGAAAACUAUCCUUUAGCAGCUACCCUGGGUUCCUUAUGUCGCUGGAUGACUUCUAUCUCUUGGGAAGUGGUCUGAUGAUGACGCAGACGACCAACGUUGUCGUCAACUCCUCCCUUUUUGAAACAAUCACCCCAAAUAGCCUACUGGCCUGGCAGAGGGUCAGGCUGGCUCACAGUUUGGCAAAAACUGGAGAAGAAUGGGCCAAAACCUUUUCCAUGUAUAACUCUGGAACCUACAACAACCAGUACAUGGUGUUAGACAGAAGCAAAGUGAAGCUGGGCCACAGUCUCGACGACGGUGCGCUGACUGUGGUGGAGCAGAUCCCCAGCUUGGUGGAGUACUCGGACCAGACACAGACUCUGCGCAGAGGUUAUUGGCCGUCCUACAACAUUCCUUUUCAUCGGAAGAUCUACACAAUGAGUGGUUACGUGGAAAUGUGGGAGCUGCACGGAGAGGACUUCUCCUAUGACCUCUGUCCCAGAGCCAAGAUCUUUCGCCGUGACCAGUGUGACGUUAAGGACCUGGAAUCCUUGAAGCACAUCAUGAGAUUCAAUGACUACAAGAAGGAUCCGUACUCAAAGGGUGACCCCUGCAAGUCCAUCUGUUGCCGUAAAGACCUGCGAGGAGAGGAUCCUUUACCAGGAGGCUGCUAUGACACUAAGGUGACAGAUUUCCACUUGGCUGGGGAUUUCCGUGCGGAGGCGGUGAACGGGCCGACAACACAGGACGGACUCCCGCCGUUCUCUUGGGACAAAUUCAGCAGCAUCAGCCACCAGGGCCUGCCACAGUAUUACAACUUCACUUUUAUCAAGAUGCAGCCCAUUCUUUUCAAACCAUGAGCAUCAGUGUGUGACUGUGUGCGUGCGACAGAGAUUCUUUCAAGGUAAUGAAGGUCCACAAUCAUCGGUUUUAUCUGUCCUUUCCAUUACCAUCCUGCAGAUGAUUUUUUUCUGCAUGUUUACUAUUGUAUCGAUGAGCAGAUCUGCUUUCUUCUCAGCUGUCACUUUUUAUAGGAUUUCAUUCAGCACUGGUAAACACAGAUUUGCGAUCUAUUUCUAAACACGUUUUUUUUCUCAGGGUGUCCUGUGUGCAGCCAUUGGUGCCUUUGACGCUCACAGU